GAAUUCAGAAAUACAAGUAGGUCCGGUCUCUGGCAGGCUGCUCCAGACUCUUGAGGGCGGGCUUCCAGGCAGCCUCGGCGGAAUCUCUCGCUGCUGCUGGCAUUCACUCUCACAGACUUCCACGGUGCUGACUCCUCCGAGUGUGGGUCACAAUGGCCGAUCACACCUCUCAAGACUACUUCAGCUGUACCUUAUGUCACAGCCUCCUGCGGGAUCCCGUGGCUAUUCCUUGCGGCCACAGUUUCUGCAUGGACUGCAUAAGCGGCUACUGGAACGAGGCGGACUACACUGGGAUUUACAUUUGCCCCCAAUGCAAGAUCACGUUCACACAGAGGCCAGUGCUGCGGCCCAAUGCCACCUUGAGCAUGGUGGCGGAGAAGAUCAAGAAGAGCGGGCUCAACCUCAACGUCAGCCCUUCUCAGGUGAACAAUUACGCCGGAUCCAGCGACAUCGCCUGUGACUUCUGCUCCGGGAAGAAACUCAAAGCCCUCAAGUCCUGUCUGAACUGUCUGGCGUCCUACUGCGAGAAGCACCUGAAGCCGCACUAUGAAUCAGCCACCUUCAAAAGACACAAGCUGACGGAUCCCCUGGAAAACAUGGACAGGAAGAUCUGCCCUCAGCACCAGAAAUCUCUGGAGCUCUUCUGCCGGACGGACCAGAUGUGUAUCUGUGCCAUCUGUACGGUCAGUGAACACCGGGGCCAUGACAUCGUCUCUGCCGAGGCUGAGAGGAGUGAGAAGCAGAAACUCCUGGGAAUAUCGACAGCUGAGAUCAAACAAAAAAGCCAGGAGAGGGUAAAGGAGCUGGAGGAGCUCAAGACAGCUGUGGACUCUCUGAAGAACUCGGCCCAGAGAGCCAUGCUGGAGAGCCAGAAGAUGUUCGAGGACAUGAUUCGCUCCAUUGAGAGGAUGAGGUCGGAGGUGACCAAGCUGAUUGGCAUCAAUGAGAAGGCGGCAUUCAACCAAGCAGAGGCUUUGAUCGAGCGACUGGAACAAGAGAUUGACGAACUGAAGAAGAAGGAGUCCGGACUGAAGCAGCUUUAUAGUACAGAGGACCACAUCCACUUUUUACAGAACUUCAACUACUUGUGUACCCCAACGGAAGACGCCUUAAUCCCCAGGGUCAGCGUCAACCCGGACUUCUCAUUCGGUGGGGUCAGGAAAGCCGUUGCUGAGAUCAAGGACAGACUGGAGGAGUUUGGAAGAGAAGAGCUGCUCAAGAUCUCCAAGUCAGUGAACGAAGUUCCGGUCUACACUACUGAGAGCAGAACGUUGGAAAGAAGGAGCAGAGGCAGAGACUUGGCAAUGACCACUGUCGACAACGCGCCUGCACCAGAGCCCAGAACCAGAGCGGACUUCUUAAAAUACUUCUGCCAGUUGAAGUUGGACCCGAGCACGGCCUAUAAGGAGCUGUACAUUUCUGAGAGCAGCAGAAAGGUCAUCCGCACCAGAGAGCUGCAGCCGUACUCAGACAACCCAGAGAGGUUCGACAGCUUCGCCCAGGUUCUGUGCCGGGAAGCCUUGUCGGGAGGUCGCUUCUACUGGGAGAUCGAGUGGAACGGCGAGUUCUCCAUCGGGGUGGCGUACAAGAGCAUCAGCCGGAAGGGCAAAGGCUCGCUGUGUCUGCUGGGCUACAACGAUAAAUCCUGGAGCCUCCUCUGCUCAGACACGGGCUACUCAGCCUGGCACAACCGAGUGGACAAAGCCGUCAACGGCCCCCACUCCCCGAGGUUAGGAGUGUACUUGGACCACACAGCAGGCGUGCUGGCCUUCUAUAGCAUCUACAGCAGCACCAUGACCCUCCUGCACAGGUUCGAGACCACAUUUGUCGAGCCCAUCUACCCUGGUUUCGGAGUCGGAACCUCGGUCAAGAUAUGUAAUCCCAAGUGAUCCUCAGUACUUCAGAUUAAAAUUGCCUAUAUUAUUCAGUUGUGCUUAUGGAAAAUUAUAUUUUUGCUAGAACCUUGAAACCGUACCAAACCACAGUAUGAGUAAAAGUUAUAUUAGGCAAUGUUAAAGUUACUUUUGUGUUUGUACCAAAUCUGCAUAUGUUGAAUACUUGAUCACAAGAAAAUGCUAAAGGUCUCAUCCUGUUAAUACAAACUGCUGGAUAAUGUCGCAACACCUUGCCUCAAACUGGAACGAGAAUAUCACACAUAGCUAGGAAUAUUACGACAACAAGGGUGUGAGCUUUUAUGGCGGGUCACACUGUAGCCAGACAGCGACACGCCACAAAGUCGUUGCAUAAUAUUACAACUUAUAAUGAAGUUGAUCACUUCCUUUCAACGCCAAUAUUGUUUUGUUAACUGAUAAAUUCAACGUUGUGAUAUUAACCGGCAGUUAACUGCUGAAACUCACCACUUGAACUAACUUUAUUUAAUUCUGUGCAUGUUUACUUACAACCUAUGUUAAUGGACCACCUGCAUACUUUUUUUUCAUAAAUGAAUUUUUAUAAUAACAAUAAUCACUGGAAGUUCUAAAUAAAGAGCUAAAUACAUGGAUGUCUGUGAUUUUUAU